UGAAGAGCCAGCAACUGGCGCACAACAACAAAGCGUUAAGACUGCCACAAAGUAGUGGAGAUUUAUUAUAUUUCUUUACUUAAAGGAGAGGAAACCGACCCAGUUCUGCACUGGUUAUUUCAUUUUGUCAACAGUUAGAUAAUAGCAGUAUCAGGCUUUUUUUUUUUUUUUUCGGUGCAUUUUUGGAUUACAUUAAGGGAAGAUAUAGCAAAAGCCCUCCUGGUUAAACGUGUGACGGAUCCCACAAUGAACAAGCUGCGUCAGAGCCUGCGAAGAAAGAAGCCCUGCUACGUGCCGGAAGCCAGCCGGCCGCACCAGUGGCAGUUUGACGAGGAGGCUGUGCGCAAGGGCAAGUGUAGCUUCCCAGUGCGGUAUCUGGGGCACGUGGAGGUGGACGAGUCUCGAGGAAUGCAUGUGUGUGAAGAGGCGGUGAAGAAGCUGAAAACUAUUGGAAAGAAGUCUGUGAAAGCAGUCCUGUGGGUGUCUGCAGAUGGUCUGCGGGUUGUAGACGAUAAAACAAAGGACCUGAUAUUGGACCAGACCAUCGAGAAGGUGUCAUUCUGCGCUCCGGACCGCAAUUAUGACAAAGCGUUCUCCUACAUCUGCAGAGACGGGACCACCCGUCGCUGGAUCUGCCACUGCUUCAUGGCCCUGAAGGACUCGGGGGAGCGUCUGAGCCACGCGGUGGGCUGUGCGUUCGCAGCCUGUCUGGAGCGCAAACAGAAACGGGAGAAGGAGUGCGGGGUGACGGCCUCGUUCGACGCCAGCAGGACCAGCUUCGUCAGAGAGGGGUCCUUCAGGGUCACCUCGACCACACAGCAGGCUGAGCGAGAGGAGGUCAUGAAACAGCUGCAGGACCGGAAGAAAGCAGAGAGCCCGUCCUUACCGGCAGACAGUGCCUCCCCCCCAGAGGGGGCUGCAUCUCCUGUGGACAGGACGGAGACAGGGUACCAGCACGCCAUCCCGCGGCGCCAUGCUCCCAUCGAGCAGCUCGUGCGGCAGGGCUCCUUUCGGGGCUUCCCCGCGCUCAGCCAGAAGAACUCCCCCUUCAAACGGCAGCUCUCCCUGAGGCUUAACGAGCUUCCCUCCACCCUGCAGCGCAAGACUGACUUCCAGGUGAAAAACCCAGUGCCUGAAAUGGAGUCUGGCCCUCCCGACGAAGCGGACAGCAUCAACUCUCUUUACUGCCAAGUCAACAGCUCCUUCAGCAAGCCCCCCGAGGAGCCCUUCACCUCCACGGCAACCACCAACGGCACCCCGCUGCCCUUCAUCCCCCCCCCGCCGGCCCCUGCCCGUGUUCCUGCAGGUCCAGCAGGAUGGGCAGGAGACGCUGCCAGCCAGUCCCCUCCCGCCUGCCAGAUGGGGCACAAGCGGACGCCGUCGGAGGCUGAGCGCUGGCUGGAGGAGGUGGCACAGGCUGUCAAAGUUCAGCAGCAGCAACAGCCACAGCAACAGCUGCCCCCCACCAUCCUGGCAGCUCUGCCGGGCACACCAGUGUCUAUCCCAAAUGCCAUGCAGCCUUUCCCUCUGGCCUCCACCCCGGCGCCCGUGGGCAUGUUUGUUCCACCCCCUGUACAGCCUGCAUACAUGCCCAUACCCACCUACAUGUCUGCGCUUGCCAACAGCAUGUCCUUCCCAAGCGUCCCCGUGGUUGGCAUCACACCCUCCCAGAUGGUGGCCAACGUCUUCUGCACGGCUACACAAACGCAGGGCUCAGGGUUGGCAGCAGGCAAGAUGGCUAGCAUUGGUGGGCAUCCCCAAAGCUUCAAUGCGCCCGCCACAGUCGCUGUAGUCUCAACCUCCAGCUCCAACCACUUCUCCAACCCCAUCACAGUCAAUGGCAUCCCCCCUAACAGCCAGAAUUGCACCACCAACGGCACCAGCAACGGCACAGCAUGGCCUCCUGGGCUCAAGCAGUUGGCAGUGGCUGGCGGGGCCCAGGAGGUCGACCAGUUCGAGGCGCAGUGGGCGGCACUGGAAUCCAAAUCCCAGCAGAGAGCCUCCAACCCGUUCUCUAAUGAGCUUCAGAAAACCUUUGAGAUCGAGCUCUAACUGGACAGGCUUGGAGGAAACCUGCGGUCAAAACAAACAACCACGCUUUUGUGUAUUUCUUCUUUUUUAUGUUUUUUUAUGUGUCCAUUUCUUAUGAGUUUUGUGGACAAAGCUUAAGUACAUUUGCAGAAAGAAAACGAACAGCAAAGAUCAGACAGAUUUGCAAGAAUGACGACUGUAGUGACGCACAAGAGCCAGUGUGAACCACGCCAGGUACAGCACAUACUACACAAAGUGAACGGCACACACUGAGUAGCUGUCACGCUCGAUUGGAAACGUGUUCACUGGACUGAGUGUAUGUAUUGUGCAGAAUCUCUGUUUCUAAUCUGUAUCAAACAUUGCACACCAUUCUGGAAAACAAAUUUCAGGUUCCUGAUCGAUUUGUUAACUUCAGACAGUUAGUGCAGUUUCAAGUAUAUUCUGCACAUAGUUUUGAUUGGAUUUAAGACAUUCCUGUAAACCAGAUCCUUUUAAACGCUAUCCCUUUGGAGCCAAAUCCUUUGAACAGUGUACACAGCAGUCCUGUGGACUACACUGGAAACUGAUAACAGGAACCUUGCUUUGGGACAGAGCCUACAGCCAUCUGUCCAGGUACUUUACUGCUGAGACAGACACUGCUGUGCAAAAUCACUCCGUCUGCUAACGCUCAGAGACGGAAGUUUUAUUCUGUUUGUCCCAAGCUCUCUUGUUGCAUCAUCACGGUAUUACUCCGUGGUCUUCUACUUAACCACUGAAGCUUUGGUACUAAUGUUUCCACUCGACGUGUUGUCUCUGGCCUCCCCUGUCCUCCGCAGACUUGCAGACGCAGCUCUUCGGAGUACAGGGGGUCCACAAAGGGUUUCUAGAGGUACAACCAAAUGACUUUGUUUUCUGUUUUUAUUUGAGUUUUAUUUUUUAAUGAAAAUCUUUAGUAUGCAUCGGAAUAUGGGUGGGACUUCCCAUAAGGGGUAGAUUCAAUAAAAAAAAACUACAGGUCAGCUUAUAGGCUAUGUCAUCUUCCCUGGCUAAAGCCAGCACGGUACAGGAUAUAUAUUUAAAGUACACAGAAUUCGCAGUGUGCGUUGGUACUUGAGUUCGAGUUCUUGUAAAUGGAAAAACAAUCCAGAUUGUUUUUAUACUGUGCUAUAGAGUAAUUUACAUCACAAUGUAUGUGUAGCAAAUGACAUGUGCAUGAAUAGAUUUAAAUAGGAAUGAGUGAGUGUAGUUGCCAUGGCAUCAAAAGCCUGUUAGCACCUCCACUGUUUGUUUUCCAAACACACAUUCCCUUGACAAAGGUGUGUUAAACACACUGAAACGUUGGGACGUUGCUCUUUUGAAUAAUUGGAAAAACGUGCUGUCGUUUAUUUGCUUUGCGUGAUCUCUGAUUCCCAGAAGCUUCACAAAGGGGCUUGCCUUCCCACCACCUUUCCUUUCCUCUGACUGGCGUGUUUUCAAAGCUAACAGCGCUCCUUUACAGUGUGAUCACUUAGAAAAAAAUGUUUCAUGUAGACACAAGAAGUCUGACUUUUUGUUACAUUGAUGUGUCCUACUGUGUAAAUGCAAUUGAACAGCAGCAUUGAACAGGGAAGGUGUGUAAAUCAUAACCCAGCUUUCAUUUCUUUGUUUUAAAGCCAUGCCCAUGUACAAUAACUGCUGUAACUACCUGUAUUACAGUAUAAAAUGCUUCUCCGGUUUACUUUUGAGCACAAGAAACUUUACGAAAUAAUAGGGGUGAAAGAUGGAGUUUCUGGCAUGCAUCUGCAUUGUUUCAGAAUCCUACCCCAGCUGCAGCCAGCAUGACUAUAGAGAGACGUGUUAUUAAUGGUGUCACAGGACAGCAACAUUACUGCUUAUUUAUUCAGGCUGCAGUGUCCUUUGGGAAAUGCUGGACUCUAUUCACAAAGCGUUAACCCAUUCAUGCACACAGCUGUUUAAAUCUUCACAGCCUCAUGUGUAUGAAUGAGUUAAGAAAUAUUUUAAGGAAUGUUUUUUUUUAAGGCCUGUUUUUGAAGAUGUGUUUAUAAACAUUCACUAAACAGAGCUCUGAAAAUGAACACACUUCUAACUCUCCCUAAAACAGUUAGAGGGUCAUAACCUGUAAACUUAUUAGAGUUAAAAAUCUAAAUGGGCUUUUAAAAACAGCCCUUGACAAAACCUUUCUAAAAGCGGGUUUUGUGGGCUCCCGAGUGGUGCAUCCAGUAAAGGUGCUCCAUGUGGAGUGCAGGAUGUGUCCUAUAGUCUGGAUGUCGCCAGUUCGAGUCCAGGCUAUUCUUUUGCCGACCAAGGACUGGCAGAGCAUCG